AUGUCAAAAAUUAAUAAUAAUAACAGUACCACUAAGGAAAUAGAAAUUAUACACACAAAUUCAAUAUUAUCCAAUAACGAUACUUCUUUGCUUCACACUCAAAAUACUAUCGAGGGACAAAAUACGAAGCCAUCACAUUCUAAAGAGGCAAAUGCUGAACACGAUGAAUAUUAUUAUGGUGUUAAAUUAUUUACGGUUGUUGCUUCAUUAUGUCUAAUUUUAUUUUUAGCCGCUUUAGAUAUUAUUAUUGUUAGCACUUGUAUUGAGCAAGUUUCGAGGCAGUUUAAUGACUAUUCAAAAUCUGGUUGGAUGGUUACUGGCUACUCUUUACCAAGUAGUGUUUUCAGUUUAUUGUGGGGCCGUAUUUCUGCAAAGGUUGGUACUAAAAUAAGUCUAAGUGUUUCCAUCUUUAUCUUUGAAUUGGGUUCUUUGAUCGCAGCAGUUGCUACUUCAAUGAAUAUGUUAAUUGGUGGAAGAAUUAUCGCUGGUGUUGGUGGUAGUGGUAUCCAAACUUUAUGCUUUAUUGUUAUUUCUCAAAUCGUCCCAGAGUUUAAAAGAGGGUUUAUUAUUUCCAUUAUGAGCAUUACCUUCGCAAUAGCAUCUAUUGCUGGUCCAUUUAUUGGUGGUGCAUUUACUACACAUGUUACCUGGCGUUGGUGUUUUUAUGUUAAUUUACCAAUAGGCGGUUUAGCAUUUGUUCUUUUUUAUUUUUCUUUUAAAUUCAAUUCUUUUGAUUUACAAACUUGUAAAAAUUUACCUGCAACAGUUGGGAACUUUUUCAAAAGCAUGGGAACCAGGCACUUUUAUUAUAGAGUCUAUUAUGAAACUAUGGUUACAUUUGAUAUCCCAAGUUUUAUUUUAUCAACUGCUGGAUUUACUCUAUUCUUGUUGGGGUUAACUUUUGCUGGCGGUGAUUCAUUUACAUGGAAUUCUGGCGCUGUGAUUACUUUAUUAACCUUAGGUGGGAUUUUAGUUAUUUUGUCAUUUAUUUAUGACUAUUUUAUUUUUGAAAAAUUUACCAUGUAUUUGUUUAAUGACCAAGCGCCAAGGUUCCCAUUGAUUACCAAAUCCACAAUCAAUAACUUUUCUAUUGUUUGUACUAAUUUAACAAAUUUUUUAGUUUCAGGGUUUUUUAUAAGCGCUAAUCUUUACAUUAUUCAAUAUUUUCAACUUAUAUUCAACAACACCGCUUGGAAAGCUGGUGUUCAUAUGAUUCCAAUGCUAGUUGCUAACUGUCUAACUGUUCCAACUUUAGGUAUUGUCAAUAAAAAAACAGGGAUUUUAAAACCCUUUAUUGUUUUAGCUUCUAUGCUCGGUAUUAUUGGGAGCGGUAUAUUGUGUUUAUUUUCUGUUAAUUCUAAUAGUAGUGACAAAAUCGGAUUUUUAAUUUUGCCGGGAAUAGCGUUUGGUGGUGUUGUUCAAACCACAUUAAUAGCUGUUCAAGCACAAAUUGAUAAAACUAAACCAUUUGCAAAAAUGGAGUUGGUUUCGUUAACCUCUAUUUAUUCGUUAUUUAAGUUAUUAGGCAUGGCCUUUGGUGGUAUUUUUUCUAAUAUGAUUUUUGAUGUAAGUCUACUUAAUAAAGUCAGUGCGAAUCCCAGUUUAAGUGUUUAUGGUAUGAAUAUUGAUGAGAUCAUUUCAUACAGAGGUAUUCACUUCGAUGGUCAUAAUUCAUUGUUGGCUGUUCUAUUAAACGAAUCCAUCAGAAAUGUCUAUUAUAUGUGUAUUGGUUUGUGUGGAUUAGGAUUUCUUUUUUCCUUAUUCAUCUCUAAUAAGAAAACUGCACAUGAACGUUCUAAAAAGGAAUCUAAAGGAAAUACGGAAAAGCGAGAGGAGGAGAAAGAAGAAGGAGAAGAAGAAGAAGAAGAAUCGCAACAGGAAAAAAAUGUACAAUUGGUUUAA